AUGCCUGCCCCCAAAUCUUCGAGGGCGUCCCCGGCAGUCGACCGGCGCGAACGCCUUACACUCGCGAAAUUGGCCAGUUACGACGAUGUAGCGACGGACGCAUUGGUUGAUCGUGCGUACUUCUGGACGAACAUUCGAAAGAAUCGCACGAAAUAUAACGCGGCGAGAGGAAUAAAAGACGACGACGUGGCCCGAAUCCUUCUCCACGACGUGAUCGUCGCAAAAGAUGUAGCCAAGGCGGAGAAAGCACUACUUGCGCUUUCGGGUCUGAACAAGUACUUGGCGAAGCUGCCCAACGACAGGGAGAAGGAGUGGUUCCGUCGACACCUACGGAAGUAUAUCCUGAUCUACCUCCCUGAAUGUCCGUUUGAGGUUACCACGACGAAUAGAUACACCAUCACGGAGCAUGAGGCUGCCGUAUGUGCGCGAAAGUUCAUCAAGAAAGGAGAAGAGAUCAAGUAUCUCAGUGGCACACUCGUGGCCAUGACCCGAGAAGAGGAGAUGGAUCUGGACCUGAAUCGCAAAGAUUUCAGCAUUGUCAUGUCCAGCCGCAAAAAGACACCCUCCCUAUUUCUUGGUCCCGCACGCUUCGCAAACCAUGACUGUAACGCGAACGGGCGAUUGGUGACGCGUGGUUCGGAGGGCAUGCAGGUUAUUGCAGCUCGUGAUAUCCACAUUGGGGAGGAAAUAACCGUCUCCUACGGCGAAGAUUACUUUGGAGAGGACAACUGUGAAUGUCUCUGCCUAACAUGUGAGCGAGCUGUAAGGAAUGGCUGGGCUCCUCGAUUCGAUUCUCCCUCGCAGAGCGCCGCCUCUACUCCUGCGCCUGACGACGAAGCCAGCAUUCCUGAUAACGGGACUCCUCGUAUGAAGAGGAAGUAUGACCCUGAUACUGAUUCUGAGCCUUCAGCGUUUGUCUCGCCGCGCAAGAGGGGCAAGUUUCAGCGCCAAAGCUCCAAGUUACGCGAGGAGAUUUCGCUACCAGAACUCGCAUCAUCGAUUGAACAGUCAUUUGUCUCCGCUCUAGACAACUCUCUUUCCGCUGUAGCGGCUGAAGAUCGCACGAACGGGACUAGCGGUGAGUCUGAGAGUAGGCCCGAACGUCCGCAAUCUAGAGAAUCCGGGGGCGAGGCACCUCUACCACAACUCCCAAGUGACAGUGAUUCGCCCAAAUCAACCGGUAUAGAUGAAUCUCAGCGGUCUUCGGCGUCAACUGCCGCUACGUCGGUCUCCGACGCGGGAAUUAAAAUCAAGGUCGAGUCAGUGGAGAUGUCCGUACGUGAGUCUGCGGCUGUUGAGACUCUCCAGGCCGAACAAUCAGGUACAGACCAUCCAGAUCCAAAGUCAUGCCUAAGCGGCAGUGACGCCGGUGAGCUUUCAGACUUAUCUGAUUCGUAUGAAUUAGACGACCACCUCGAAACCGUCGUACCCAAGGGCAGAAGCGUGUCACGCCAGAAACGCAAGGUCAUGGCAUCGGUCGAAGAUGACACCCCUGGUGUUCGUGUCCCCGGCGACUACACGAAGACGGCCAAACUACUCGCCCAGCGCUAUGAUCGAUGGGUAGACUGCCAGACUUGCAAUGCCUGGUUUGUCCAGGAGAAUUCUUACCAGACUCGAAAGGAAUGCCCUCGUUGCGAGCGUCAUUCCAAGCUGUAUGGCUUUCAAUGGCCAAAGACCGAUAAAGAAGGACCGCACGAUGAUGAAGAAAGAGUCAUGGAUCAUAGGACGGUUCAUCGUUUCAUCGCUCCAGAAGACGAAGCCCGUGUCCGGCGGAAGAGUCGCGGAGUCAGCUUUGGCAUUACGCCUACGCCUGAACUUUCUGAUGCGAGAACUGAGACAGACAGCAGUGAUGUUGGCAAUGACAGACGCAACACCAGAGCUAGCCGGAGGAGAGACCGCCAGCUUAGGAUGACGAUGUGAGCUGAUCUCUCAUUUUUAAUCUACUUGUAAUGUAUCAUGGGGCACGAUGGGGAGUUUGGGCCAUUGCAUUUGUGAGAUGGGUUAUUUGGAGUCUGGGAUAUUGCUGGGAAUCCAUCUUUCGACCUCUACGCAUGCGUUUCCUAUCGAAGCAUACAUAUUG